AUGGCAGAGAAGCGGCGCACUCCUUGCGCACUCAGUGUCAAAGCACACGCGUUCUCGGUGGAGGCUCUGAUCGGAGCGGAGAAGAGACGGAGGACGGCCGGAGAGGAUGCCGAAUCACCCGGGUACGAGGACGGGACCGAUGUCUCUAAUCUACCGGGGAGUCCCGGGCCGCAGACCGACAGAGCGAGCACCAGCGACCGGGUCAGCGAGGCGGACUGUACCAGCGACGGGUCGCCAGAGAGCGAGGACGCGCUGCUGGACAGCCCGAACCCCGCCGCUCCGUGCACCGGGCCGGUAACCGGCGGCGGAGAGGAGGACACCCGCGUCGACCUGCAGGGCUCCGACCUGUGGAAGCGGUUCCACGAGAUUGGCACGGAAAUGAUCAUUACCAAGGCUGGACGGCGGAUGUUCCCCGCUAUGCGUGUGAAGAUUACAGGCUUGGACCCACAUCAGCAGUAUUACAUCGCCAUGGAUAUAAUCCCCGUGGACAACAAACGAUAUCGGUACGUGUACCACAGCUCCAAGUGGAUGGUAGCGGGGAAUGCGGACUCGCCUGUGCCACCCAGGGUGUACAUCCACCCGGACUCCCCUGCCUCCGGAGAGACGUGGAUGCGUCAGGUGGUCAGCUUCGACAAACUGAAACUGACCAACAACGAACUGGACGACCAGGGACAUAUCAUUCUGCACUCCAUGCACAAGUACCAGCCGCGGGUCCAUGUGAUCCGCAAGGAGUGUGGAGAGGAGUUAUCCCCAGUGAGAGCCAUCCCUACUGGGGAUGGCUCCCGCACAUUUGCCUUCCCCGAGACCGUGUUCACCACUGUCACAGCAUAUCAGAAUCAACAGAUUACAAGGCUGAAAAUUGACAGAAACCCUUUUGCCAAAGGAUUUAGAGACUCUGGCAGAAACCGGAUGGGUCUGGAGGCUUUGGUUGAGUCUUAUGCAUUCUGGCGUCCAUCUCUGCGAACACUUACAUUUGAGGACAUCCCUGGGAUUACCAAGCAAGGGAUCCCGGGAGCUCAUGGUGCGAUGGGAACGUCUUCUCACCUGCUCUCCACAUCCCCGUGCUCCUCAUCUUUCCAAGUUUGCACUCUCAGCCCACCUGACUACACCUGCAGCCGACCCACACACCCUUUCCAUCGCUAUAGCAACCCCCCGGAGGCGUUCCCCCCUCCCAGAGGUCCAUCAUCUUACGAAGGCGAAGGAUUCUGUGCUCUUCCUCUCCCUGCUUCUCAACUUGGCUAUCUAUCCAACCCCACCCCGCAGGGUUACGCCGGGCUCCGUCUUCACACACCACCGUACAGCCUCUACGGUUACACAUUCCCUCCCUCACCACGCCUCGCAGCCAGCCCUGAUAAAAUGGCCGCCGCUGCCGCUGCCAAUCAUCAGAGUGCCUUCCUUGGCUCGUCUCCCAGUGGGACUCUAACGGACAAUCUGGGUGUUCUCAGUGGAGGACAGCAGGGCUUCUUGUUUAACUCCCGGACUUUAGGACUGGCAGGUAGCCAGCCGGGAGGUGGUGUCUCAUAA